UAAUGGAAGAACGCGUUGGCCUCUGGCCUUCGACAAUUUCGAGAAACCGUAGAAAAGGGAAAGAAAACAAAAUUAAGAUCGGCGGAGAGUCAUGCGGCACUGGUCUGACAAAACAAACAAUUAAGAAGAUGCUAUAACAUUUCGAAAGACCACUGCUGCUUUUUGCGGCGCAUGUGCACCCUCUAACAUAAAUAUUCUUCCCUUUCUUCAAUCUUCCGUUCCAUUCUCUCUUCUUCUUCCAAUAUUUGAUUCUCUCUUCAUACCCCAUUGCCCAUUCUCUCUAUUUUUCUCUUUAAUAUUCUUUAUCUGUGUUGUUUUGUUCUCCAAUGGCUACUCUAGGGGAUAUAGCGGUCUCAGGAUUUAUCAACAUAGUCAGUGCCUUCGCUUUCUUGCUAGCCUUCGCUUUGCUGAGGAUUCAGCCCAUCAACGACAGGGUCUAUUUCCCCAAGUGGUACAUCAGUGGCGUCAGAACGAGUCCAAGGCAUUCUGGGAAUUUCGUGGGCAAGUUUGUUAACCUCAAUUUCAGGACUUACCUUACUUUCUUGAACUGGAUGCCUCAGGCUCUGAGGAUGAGCGAGGCAGAGAUUAUCAACCACGCUGGCCUCGACUCUGCUGUUUUCCUCAGAAUCUACACUCUCGGAUUAAAAAUUUUUCUACCAAUAACAGUGCUGGCAAUCCUUGUUCUUAUUCCAGUCAAUGUAUCUAGUGGGACUUUGUUUUUUCUAAGAAAAGAUUUGGUUUUCAGUGACAUUGAUAAGCUUUCAAUAUCAAAUGUUGGUCCUCAGUCAGCACGGUUUUUUGUCCACAUAUCAAUGGAGUACUUGUUCACAAUAUGGAUUUGUUACAUGCUGUACAAGGAGUACGAUGAAAUAGCAUUAAUGAGGUUACACUUCUUGGCUUCACAGCGCAGGCGUGUAGAACAGUUUACUGUACUGGUCAGAAAUGUGCCACAUGUUUCUUGUCACUCAAUAUCAGAUACUAUAGAUCACUUCUUUCAGACAAAUCACCCUAAUCAUUAUCUUUGUCACCAGGCUGUCUAUGAUGCAAACAAGUUUGCCAGACUUCAGAGGAAAAGAGACAGGCUUCAAAAUUGGCUGGAUUACUGCCAGCUUAAGUUUGAAAGACAUCCUGAAAAAAGGCCAACUAAAAAGAAAGGAUUUCUUGGGCUUUGGGGUGAAAGAGUUGAUUCCAUUGAGUUCUAUAAACAAGAGAUGAAGGAGCUUGAAAAGAGAAUAGCACUGGAGCGCCAGCAGACUCUCAAGGAUCCAAAAUCUAUUAUGCCAGUAGUCUUUGUUUCAUUUAGUUCACGCUGGGGAGCUGCUGUUUGUGCACAGACACAGCAAAGCAAGAAUCCCACACUUUGGUUAACGAAUUGGGCCCCAGAACCUCGCGAUGUUUACUGGCGAAAUCUUGCUAUACCAUUUGUUUCUCUUAGCAUUCGAAAACUUCUUAUUUCGUUGGCUGUGUUUGCUUUGGUGUUCUUUUACAUGAUACCCAUUGCUUUUGUACAAUCCCUUGCAAAUCUGGAGGGUCUUGAGAAAGUUGCUCCUUUCCUUAGGCCGGUGAUAGAACUGAAAUUCAUCAAGUCAUUCCUGCAGGGUUUCCUUCCUGGCUUGGCCCUCAAAAUCUUCUUAUACAUUCUUCCCACUGUUCUGAUGAUUAUGUCAAAAAUUGAGGGUCAUGUAGCAAUAUCAAUAUUAGAACGGAGGGCAGCGGCAAAAUAUUAUUACUUUAUGUUGGUUAAUGUAUUUUUGGGGAGCAUAGUGACUGGAACAGCUUUCCAGCAGCUUCAUUCUUUUCUUCACCAGUCGCCUACCCAGAUUCCUAGAACUAUUGGGGUUUCAAUACCAAUGAAAGCUACUUUCUUUAUUACAUACAUAAUGCUUGAUGGAUGGGCUGGCAUUGCUAGUGAGAUUCUCCGAUUGAAGCCAUUGGUCAUUUUUCACCUUAAAAAUAUGUUUCUAGUGAAAACUGAAAGAGAUAGAGAGAUGGCUAUGAACCCUGGGAGUGUGGAUUUCCCAGAGACUAUCCCAAGUCUCCAACUAUACUUUUUGCUGGGGAUUGUGUAUGCCGUGGUUACUCCGAUUCUUCUUCCUUUUAUACUUGUCUUCUUUGCCUUUGCAUAUUUUGUUUACCGUCAUCAGAUAAUUAAUGUGUACAAUCAGCAGUAUGAGAGUGUUGCUGCAUUCUGGCCACAUGUUCACAGCCGUAUAAUAGCAAGUAUGUUGAUAUCUCAGCUUCUUUUGAUGGGCUUGCUCAGCACAAAAGAGGCUGCUAGUUCGACUCCUCUGCUUGUUGCUUUACCCAUAUUGACAUUAGCAUUUCACAAGUACUGCAAGAAUCGCUUUGAACCUGCAUUUAGGAAGUAUCCGCUUGAGGAAGCCAUGGCAAAGGACACAAUGGAGCGCACUACGGAACCAGAUCUUAAUUUAAAAGCUUAUCUGGCUGAUGCAUAUUUGCAUCCAAUUUUCAAGUCAUUUGAGGAAGCAGAGUUAUCUGAGAUCAGAGUAGACAAACACCAAUAUCAUGUCACUAGUCCAUCAGCAAGCGAACUGCAUUCCCACUUCUCACAUUAUGACGACUAUCAUUACGAAAGCUGAGCCUCGAGUUAGUUGCUGCUGAUCAGCUCACAUGAAACCUUAAGACAGUUUUUCUUUUCUUCAUCUUUUUGGAAAGAAAAAAAAAAAGGUAGGGUGCUUGCUUUUCCAAUAUGAUUACUUUCCCUACAAUUGUAAUUAUUGUUCCAUUAAUGUUUGUUUGAAUCAGGGGCAACCUUUUCUUGAAGCACAUAUAUUCCCAAAUGGUUAAGAACUCCUUUCGCAGUUUCCUGUUCUGGACUGUUUCUUGUAUAGAGUGGGUCCAAAAAGCACCCUAAUAGAUAAAAACAAUCAGAGCCCGAAUCAUCUAAUUCAUACAGUUGAGUUUCAUUCAUCUC